AUGUGCAUCUUCUGCCCCCCGCCCCUCGACGACUUCGAGGACGUCACCACCGCGCACAGCAACCCACAAUGGCCCACGACGCCCCGCCUCAUCGACCGGCUCCCGGACCCUCCGCACCCACAAGAAAUGCAGCUCCUCAUCCUCGGCCUCCCGCGCACGGGGCUCGUGUCCCUCCGCCACGCCCUCACCCACCUCGGCUACAACCCCUUCUCGGCCGCCACCCUCUCCGCCACCCCCUCCCUCUACGCCUACUGGGAAGAAGCGCUGCGGGCCAAAUACCUCGACGACGGCGCGCCCUUUGGCGCGCGGGAAUACGCCAAGCUGCUGGCGGCGCACGACGCGUGCAUCGACGCGCCGGCGUCGCUGCUGGCAUCCGACCUCAUCGCCGCGUACCCGCGCGCCAAGGUGGUGCUGACGACGUGCGACGCCGACGCGUGGGCGCGCUACACGCUGCACCACCACCAGAUGGUGGACUCGUCGCUCGACUCGCGCGGCUGGGGCUCGGCGUGGAACCCGUUCGCGGCGGGCGGCGCGUGGGAGAAGUGGCGGCGCUUCGAGCGGUUUUUGCGCCCGCUGCUGGCGCCGAGGGGGGAGAAGGACGCGUUUUGCAGGCAUGAGGACGAGAUUUUGCGGCUGGUGCCUGAGGACAGGCUGUUGGUGUAUAGUGUGGCGGAGGGGUGGGGCCCGCUGUGCGAGUUUCUUGGGAGGGAGGUGCCUGAUGUGCCGUUUCCGCAUGUCGGCGAUGGUGGGGCGGGUGAGGAGGGGUCGGAUGAGUAUGUCUUGGAGCGGUGGUGGAGGGGCGUUGGGUCGGCGGUGCGACGGGCUGUGCUUCCGUCUGUGGGUGCGGUGGUGGGGAGUGCUGCGUGGUGGUUGAGAGGGGGGAGCUCUUGGGUUUUCUUUCACUGA